GUUAAUCACAAAAGGACUGUUUGUAAAAACUCUGUCAGAUGAAUUUAUCUUUUUUUGUUUCUCAACUGAUGUUUUUCUUUUUUUGCUGCUGCUCACUUUAACAUCUUCAUUCCAUUCUCACAUGGUGGACGAUCAAUUCUUUAUUUAACAUUUUCAUUUAACAGGAGAAUUUGGAGUAUUUGUAUAGGCUUUAGGUUCUAUUUUGAUUGUUUUUAGUCCAAAAAUAGAAGAUAAUCCAGUUGUGAACAGAGAGAUUAAAGCUGUGCUGUUGGGAUUAGACAUUAUGACAAACAUUUGAAGGAUGUUCAUNUGGAGUCUGAAGGUGUUUCUGUUUCAGGGAGCUUGGGGAGGAAGUCUGCUCAUGUCCAGAAGACACCGGUGGAAACUGGAUGGAGUUGAGAGGGCCAACUCUGUGACGUGGAACCCUCACAAGAUGAUGUCCGUCCCCCUGCAGUGCUCUGCCCUGCUGGUCAGAGAGGAGGGUUUGAUGCAGAACUGCAACCAGAUGCACGCCUGCUACCUGUUCCAGCAGGACAAGCAGUACGACCUUUCCUACGACACCGGAGACAAGGCGCUGCAGUGCGGACGCCACGUGGACAUCUUCAAGCUGUGGCUCAUGUGGAGAGCGAAGGUAGAGUACAGGGGUUCCUUCACAAUGCAAAACAACAGAAAUGUUUUUAAUUUUGCUAAAUCAUUCAUUUAACUUCAUAUUUGGUUGCUUUAGCUCAUGAAGUUUUCUAAAACUAAAAGAAAAUUGCUGUUUUCAACACG